CUGCAAACCGGCCUUGGCGCCUUGCUUUGCUGUCCAACUUGCAUCUCCCCCCUUGGGACAAACAUUUCAUUGCCACACUCUUUGUCUCCUCCUUUUUUACUCUCCUCGCCGAAUACUUUAAAUUCUCCUGAACUUCGUCGGCUCUUUUUUUUUGGCUUGCGUGCUCCCUGCGUGUUUGUCUUCCCAGCUCUCGGGUGUGUUGUUCCUUUCCGGAAAGCCUAGCGCCCCCCGUCAGCACUUCUUAUCUUCGAUUUCUCUUCCUUCCUUCUCCCCUUCCCCAUCAAUCCUUGUUUCCCAUAACCAUCAUGGCUGAUUACGACAACGACACCAGCCGCUACGCUGACGAGCCCCGGUACGACCGCGACCGUAGCGCCUCCCCUCGCGAUGAGCCCCGAGGCGACCGUGCUCGCAGCCGCUCCCCCAACGGCCGAGCUGAGGACAGCCGUCCUGGCCCCCUCCGCAAGGCCCAUCUCGUUGAGGAAGAGGAGGAGGAGGGCGCCCAGAACACCGGCUCCAACCUUUUCGUGACUGGUAUCCACCCGCGUCUGACCGAGUCCGACAUCACGCGUCUCUUUGAGAAGUACGGCGAUGUCGAGAACUGCUCCAUCAUGCUCGACCCUCACUCCAAGGAGUCGCGUGGUUUCGGUUUCGUCAACAUGAGCACUGGUGAGCAAGCCGAUGCUGCCAAGGAAGGCCUUCAGGGUGAGGUUAUCGAGGGUCGCACUCUCAGCAUCGAGAAGGCCCGUCGCAGCCGUCCCCGUACCCCUACCCCUGGCAAAUACUUUGGUCCCCCCAAGCGUGAUGAUGGUCGUGGCCCGCCCCGUCGCGGAGACCGCUACGAUGAUCGCCGUGGCCCUGCGGGCGGCGGUGGUGGUUGGCGUCGCCGCGAUGACGACUAUUAUCGCGGUGGUCGCUACGAUUCUUACAACGAUCGCCGCGAUUACGGUGGAGGUCGCGACUAUGGUCGUGGCGGAGAUGGUGGACGUGGUGGUGAUGGCGGCUAUCGCCGUGAUUACGGUGGAGGUCGCGACUAUCGCCGCGACUCUCGUGAUGACCAUGGCUACCGCGGUGGCGGCGGUGCUGGCGGCCCCGAUCGCUAUAGCGACCGCUACAGCCGCGACGAUCGUCGUGGUGGUGAUGACCGUCGUGGCGGCGGUGCUCCUGGCGCUAGUGCCGAAGGCGGUGCUGCUAGCGAGGGCCGUGGCUACUACGAUCGCGAUGCCAACCCUCCCAGCUACGACGCAGCCCCUCGUGAGCCCCGUGAGCCCUACUCCGGUGGUGGCGGCGGUGGUCGUUCUUACGAGGGCCGUGGUGGUGAGGAGCGUUAUGGCAGCAGGUAAUGUAUUCCCUUGCAAAGUCAGAGCUCAGAUGUCGGUCCUUGAUAUCUCUGCUUUAUGAUGGCUCAAUGUUUUAUCACCCACCCCCCAUCUUUUCCCUGUUUCUCUACCUCCCCCUUAUGUCCCACUGCUUCCAAUAUCUGUUUUUUCCGUUUCUCAAAUUGUUUUAAUGCGGGGUUUGAACUGACGGGGCCACGGGCGUCGUUCUCAUUUUGUGUCCUUUUUUGCUUCUUUCUUUGUUUCUUUUCACGUCCUCGUCUCAAACGAUAAACGGAGCGCCAUCGGCCCUGCUGCGACCGACUCGGCAAACUAUUCUCUUCGGACGAUCCCAGUCUUGUCGGCAUCUCUUGGUCGCAAAGCUGUGGCUCUUUCUUUUAUCUGUUCGCGACGCAACUCGGGAAAAACUCUAGCGGCAAGGAAGAAAAAAACAAAUAUCGCUGUAAUUCGGCUAUCUCUUGGGGUCAGCACCUUCGGUCAAAACUGUUCGCCUUAUGCACACACCACUCUUCAGCUUCAGCUUUCCAGUAACGGCUCGGUCUGUAUUCGACAAGUCUGUCUAAAAAAUCACUGUGUCGCCUUAUCAUCACCUCUUCACCUUUCAUCAUCUCACCCAUCACCUUCUAUACCUGCACCUCGUUUCCGUCUUUAUUCUGUUCGCCAAGGCCGUCGUCUUCGCAAUAUGUAGUAUCGCCGAUAUAAUUACUACAGGCGAUUUAAAAUAUCCGGUAACCCUUCCGGAAGACGACCCAGGCCAGGAACAAAAGGUAAGAUGUUUUGAAGCGCUGACUUGGACAUGAUUCUGUCUCUUAGUGACAUUUACCUCUACGGAGGAUUUGUCUAGUCCGGAAACUUUUCAAUAUCCAAUGGAUUCCUGGAUGCAGUUACUUGGAUGGGUCCUACCUCCCUCCCUGGACUAUACUCACUCUUUUUUAGGAACGGCAACCGCGGUCUUGGG